AGUCUCUUCAAAACUAAAUGUAUCUACGUAAUAUAGUAUGCAUUAUAUUAUAUAUAAUAUUAUAUAGUAUACAAUUAAAUAAACAAAACAACAAUUAUAAUAGGUUUAUGAAUGGUCAAUAGAGCAGCAUACGAUGAAUUUUAAAACUGCCUGGUCUUCCACUCUGCGCAAACGUGAUGUAGACUAAGCACGUGCCAGUCGGUUUGCUAGUCUGCUCGGCUGCCCGCGCGACGCCUAUAGGCUAGGAGUCUGGUAUCCCCACGAAACUAAUAUUCAUGGCUUGAUUAUCCAGCAACUGUUAAACGUCAUAUGCUAAGUCAGCAUUCUUAUCGAAUGUAAGGGAGGGCGAAACAGCAGGUGACAACGAGAUUUUUUUAAAUAUAUAUUCUCCCACUCGUCUCGCGCUGGUUUAUGGGAUUCUAUCACUAUCUACGCCGUCAAACUAGACAUCCGACUGGUUUUCUAAUAACUAAAUUCGAAAUCCCAAUUAUAGAUGAUACAGAUGAGAAGGUCACGAACACAACAUGACAUCCUGGCACAGGGAAUAUCGCCUAUUCAAACACAAAAGGAGGCCGGUGAAUGAAUCAUUGUGCGGCAGCUUGAGACAGCGAAAAGGUUCCGCGGCGGCACAAGCAAUGGCGGACAAGGUGAACAAGCUGCCCUUCUUCUACGGCAACAUCACCCGCGAGGAGGCCGAGGACUACCUGAAGCAGGGCGGCAUGGGCGACGGCCUGUACCUGCUGCGCCAGAGCCGCAACUACCUGGGCGGCUUCGCCCUGUCGGUGGCCUCCGGUCGGCAGGUGUACCACUACACCAUCGAGAGGGAGCUGAACGACACGUACGCCAUCGCCGGCGGGAAGUCGCACCGCAACCCGGUGGAUGUGAUCGACUACCACGCGCAGGAGGCGGACGGCCUCAUCAGCCUGCUGAAGAAGCCCUUGAGCCGCCCCAAGGGUAUGGAGCCAAAGGUCGGGGCCUUCGAGGACCUCAAGGAGCUGCUGAUCCGGCAGUACGUGAAGCAGACGUGGAACCUGCAGGGACAUGCUUUAGAGCAGGCCAUCAUCAGCCAGAGGCCGCAGCUUGAGAAGCUGAUCGCCACCACAGCCCAUGAGAAGAUGCCCUGGUUCCACAGCGCCAUCACGCGGGAGGAGUCCGAGCCCCGUCUCCAGAAAAGCCCGCGCACCAACGGCAAGUUCCUGAUCCGUCAGCGCGACACCAACGGCUCCUACGCCCUCUGCCUCCUCCACGAUGGCCAGGUGAUGCACUACCGCAUCGAUAAGGACAAGGCUGGGAAACUCUCCAUUCCGGACGGCAAGAAGUUUGACACCUUGUGGCAGCUGGUGGAGCACUACUCCUACAAGCCGGACGGGCUCCUGCGAGUCCUCACCGAGCCCUGCACCCGGCCAGAGGGAGCGUCCAACGAUAUAGGCCGACCUUCUCUACCACGCAACCAUCCUGUGCCGGGGGGAGCCACAGCUGGAAUUCUCUCCAGAAUCAAAUCCUACUCCUUCCCCAAACCUGGCUCCAAAAAGAAUGGAAACGCCUCUCGUAGCAAAACAACAGACUCAGUACCAAAUCACAAUACUUAUGAAACUAGGGUCCCAAAUACAACUGAUGCCAUGCCCAUGGACACGGAGGUGUAUGAGAGUCCGUAUGCAGACCCGGACGAGCUGCGGAAGACCCACGUGGAACGAAGUCAGCUCUUCCUGGAGGACAGCGAACUGGGUUCUGGGAACUUCGGCACCGUUAUGAAGGGCAUAUACACGAUGAGGAAGACUAAGAAGCCGGUGGCGGUGAAGAUCCUGAAGAACAACGACAACAACGCCGCGGUGCACGAGGAGAUGCUGCGUGAGGCCAACGUCAUGCAGCAGCUGGACAACCCCUACAUCGUGCGCAUGAUCGGCAUCUGCGAUGCGGAGAACCUCAUGCUGGUCAUGGAGCUGGCAGACCUGGGCCCGCUGCACAAGUACCUGCAGAGACACAAAUUGAGCGUCGCCAUUAAGAACAUCACUGAGCUGGUGCACCAGGUCUCCAUGGGGAUGAAGUACUUGGAGGAGCACAAUUUCGUCCACAGGGACCUGGCUGCCCGAAACGUGCUGCUGGUCACCCAGCACUACGCCAAAAUCAGCGACUUCGGCCUCUCCAAGGCCCUCACAGAGGAGGAGAACUAUUACAAGGCCAAAGGUCACGGGAAGUGGCCGGUCAAGUGGUACGCCCCAGAGUGCAUGAACUUCUUCAAGUUCUCCUGCAAGAGUGACGUGUGGAGCUUUGGGGUCCUCAUGUGGGAGGCCUACUCCUAUGGCCAGAAACCCUACAAGGGAAUGAAAGGAAACGAGGUCAUCCAGAUGAUCGAGAGUGGACAGAGGUUGGAAGCGCCAGCCAACUGCCCCACAGAGAUUUAUGAGCUCAUGAAAAAGUGCUGGACAUACAAGCUGGACGAGAGGCCGGGCUUUGCAGUAGUGGAGCCAAGGUUGAGGGAUUACUACUACGACACACAGUGAUCCCCUGCCAGUGAGACUUAACUGGACCAUGUGAGGAGAAAUCCAAAGUUCAUACAAGAUUUAAAGAUCUACUUCCAUUUUUUUUUUUACGUCUUUAAAAAAUGACAGCAGUUGUGAGGGAAAGAAAAGAAACUUCCUGUAGUUAAGUAGAGUUUAAAGGAUGACUGUUAAGAUGAUAAAGGCAAUAAAUAUGAUGUAUUUUUUUGUUAUGGCAGUUCACACAAUUGAAUUUUUCCUUAAAUGUUAAUUAUUGUCAUAUGAUGUACGAUUAUUUUUACAGCAUUUUCCUUUUCCCAUGCUAACUUUCAGUACUUUUUCAUAAUUCAUAAAAAUCCUGCCUUUAAGGCUUCCCCUAGAUGCUUGUGUCACUUCCUUGUAGCAGAGCAAUUUACAAUUCAAUAUGUAAUGUUUUAUACAUGCACAUCUUCACAUCAGAAUAACAUUAUGGGUUUUCUUACAGAACUGCAGUACAUAUAUAUGCAAAUUUGAGUCUUUCUGGCUUCUCUUCCUGACAUUAAAUAUGUUAUGCAAACAUGAGGCACUUUGCUCGGUUUCAGCUGCAAUGUCUGCAUUUGUUUUGGUAUUAAUAAUAUAUUGCAAUAAAAUCCUGUGCACGUGUUUAUGUGCCACUCGCAACUAAGAAGUUUAACACCGAGGAAACAUAUGCAAGAUUAACCCACCAAGAUCUUACUGAGACAGGUGGACUGUCGGACAAUUACAUCCUAAAUAAAAUGACGGAUGGGACAGCUAUACACUCAUUGUGAAGAAGUGUUGAUGGCAAAGUGUGCGUUACUUGUUACAAAGUUUCAAUUUUUGUAUAAUUUUAUAUUUGUAACGGAUGCAGUCAAACAUUAGAGCUGGAACAGUCUGUUUAACUGCAGGAGCAAUUUGAAUGCUAAAAUAAUUCUGUUUAGAGAAACAAGGAUAAUCUUUACCGUAAUACAAAUUUGGUGUUGAUGGUAUGAAGGGAAAGCAUUACAUCCAUACCAUAGAAAUGACACUUAAGGUGUUAUGCUAUUUUGCUUUAAAGUGUGAAUACAUGAAAUUGACAUGGUUGUGGACGCUGAGUGGGUUUAAAAGUAUAAUAUCUUAAAAUUACAUAAUUGGAUUGAACGUUAUAAUUCUAAAUUUGAUUUCGGGAGCAUGUAUUGCAGUGGCUUAUUUGUCAGACACAUUUGUCCAUAACAACAUAGUGUCGGGUAAGGUCUACAUGUCAAGUGGAUCCCCUGAGACCCGAACCCAGAAGCUCGGUGUGAUCGGUACCUCUUGGGCUGCACUGCUUUGGAUGGGUUAUUCAUUUCGUCUUUGACCUUUGAACCCCUGGCUUCCACAAUCUGACCACGCUGUGCAAGUGAAACUGUGAAUGCAAAAAAUAUUAAAUGAUUAAAUACACUCGACUGAUGAUUUCUAA